GACCGAACGCGACUUUUUUCUUCACUGCGUUCGCGAAAAUCGAGUCGGUGAUGCGGUAACUCGGUAGCGGUUCGAAAAUUUUGGCCUCUGGGAUCCCCUUAGCGAAUCGCGAAAAACAGACACGAUAAGACAUUGUUCGGUUACCGAUGACAUUGUAAAUCGGUAUAAACUUGGAUCGCGCCAGCACUCGAACUUAGUUCGAUCCAACCACUCCGACUGUCUACCACUCUCGCGUGUCUUCCGUUCGCUUCCGAUUCUCUCAGUCAGAAACGAUGGCUGUUCGCGAGUGGUUUGCGGGACAAGAGAUCCUUCUGACAGGAGUAACCAGUGACAUUGGUAAUGUGGUGCUAGAAAAACUGCUCAGAUCAUGUCCCGGUGUCAAAGCAAUCCAUUUAAUCGUCAGAUCAAGGAAUAACCAGACAAACGAGGACCGCAUCAAAAAUAUCUUCGCAUCACCAGGUUUCGAAAGAUUGAGGCAACAAUGUCCGGACGCGAUAUCGCGCGUAAAGACCAUCGAGGGAAAUUUAGUGUACGAUGACCUGGGCGUGAUUGAGGAUCAGUUGAACAUCCUGAAAAACGUGAGCGUCGUUAUCCACGCGGGAGGACCUCACGACGCUCUAUUUGAAUUCUGUUCCGAAUUACCAUCGCUCAAGGCAGCUUCUGCCGUGAUGAACUUGUUCAAACAGAGAAGAAAAACAUCGAAUGACGAAAGUUUCCCAAAUAUUCCGCUCUCCAUUCUAAGAGUACCCGCUGUCGGACCUGCCCUCAAAGAACCAAUGCCAGGAUUCCUGAACGUUUUCAAAGGUGCGACCGCUCUCAUGGUCGGAGCUGGUUACGCGUUGGGAGACGACAAUCUUCCGGCAUCGAUUCUUCCGGUAGACAUCGCGGCAAAUACGCUCAUUGCAUCUGCCUGGGGUAAGGCGACGAGUACGGAGAAAGAGAAUGUAACUAUUUACAACUCACCAGCCCUGAACUGCACCUGGCGUAGACUGAUAGAAAGCGGACGUAAAGCUAGCAAGAAAUUCCCAUAUCCUUCCUUCGGGAUGCGAGGAAUGACCGCAAAUCCCUGGUUACAUUGGUUCGUCGUAUUAUUUUUCGAAUGGCUUCCUUCCGUUCUGUGCGAUACGAUUCUGCAAGUACUCGGCACUAAACCAAGAAUCGUCGACGAUCACCUCCGUAUACGAACCGCACUCCAGGCGUUAGAUCCUGUCCUUUCAAGGUCGUGGCCAACCGAUCAAAAGAGCUUGACCGAGCUCAACAAUCGAAUGUCGCCCGAGGACCAAGAAGAAUUUUUCGUUACGCCAGAAAUUGAUCUUGAGACGUACGUACUCUGUGCCGCCGCAGGAGUGAAGAAAUUAUGUCCGAACAACAACGCAAAGAUCGUCAACAUGUUCAAGUUCGUGUUAUGCGCAGCACUCGCGGUCGCAUUGUUUUUCAUGGUUUUUAUCUGAUAGAAAUUUUUUUUUUCAUCAAACACGGCGAUGCUAUUGUGCAAAGGAACUCGCGACAAAAUUUCAGUAAAUUGUGUAUAUAUGUAUGUGUAUAGAGGUACGACUGACACGCCAUGCUCAAGGUGUUCCAACUCAACCGUAAUUGUUAUUACUGCACAGACGAUGAGCUGAAAUAAAAAAGUUGUUUCAGUAAAAAUUGUACGAUGAUUCAUCGUGUAGCAAUAAUAUGAACAAGGUUUUUUUUUUUUUUUUUUUUUCAACUUUCACGCGCCUCUGAUAUCGCGUAUAUCGUGUAAAUAUUACCUGCACGGUGUUUUUCCAUUACGAAAUCAGCUGCAGAUUUUGAUAUUCUCAAUUUGUCCGUUAUAAUUAUAAUUCCACGUAUAUUCCAUGUACAACAGUUUUGCUCGCUUAUCGCCGCGCGCUUUUUAUAAACCAGUUACGUCCUGCAUGUCAUGACGAUAUUUCCCUAGUUUUUUCCCAUUUUUCCCCUCUUCGCUCUCCUAGCUUUACGCAAUCCCUGUGAAAAUUGAGCUCGGCUAUGGAACAUUUUACCAGAACAAGCGAUCUGCUAUUGAAUAAUUUUUUUUAAUUAAUUUUAGAUUAGGUGAAAUAUGAAUAUAUAUCUGGAGAAUUUCUGCUGUAUAGGUUAUUUUAAAUAAAUCUGUAUUUUAUACAAA